CGCUACUCCUUCCUUUCUCUCACCAUAAUCUUGCCCUGGCCCGCAGCUUACUCCUUCGUCAGUGGCACACAACCAUUCGGUACUGCUGUGACCUUCUUUGAGCACAGGCACUUGGCGAUUCGGCUGAGCUCGUCAUCGAGACGUGAGCAGGACGCCAUCCAUUGCUCGACGGCAACAUUUGCUCAGACGCCAACGAUCGUACGACGCCGACAAAAUCUUAACGACGCCAGAGCAUUGCUGGCAGAAACAGAUCAGGGGUACAACCCUCCUCUCAUCGACUAUAUCCCCUGGGCCCACUUUCUAGCCCCUCUCGUUCACCACCUGACCUCCUUCUUUCCCCUCGCCUCAGCGGCUGCUUGCCUUUCCCCCCGUCACCCACCAUGGCGCACUUCCUCUCGAAUAGGGCGGCCGAUGCAGCUUCCAACGUUCUCGUCAAUGACCAUACCUCUGCGGGCGCACCCGUCUGGGAGCUCAUCAAGGUCACCGCAGCCUCCAUCACAGAAGUAGUCAUACUCAGCGCAGUCGGCUACGUCCUAGCUCGCAGAGGCAUCAUCGAUAAGAAGACGCAGACCAAGAUCAACAAGAUGAACGUCUCCUUCUUCACACCAGCCCUUCUCUUCUCAAAGGUCGCAUUCUCGCUCAACCCACAUAGGUUGGCAGAAUUGUUCAUCGUACCCAUAGGCUUCGUAAUGGUGACCUUUGUGUCCACUGCCGCCGCUUGGACCCUGUCUGGCGUCACACGACUCUCCAAAGCGCAGAGGAAUUUUGCAAUCGCCUGCGCCAUCUCGCCCAAUUCCAAUUCUCUGCCGGUGGCCUUGAUGCAGGCGCUCGUCAUGGAGGUUCCCCAGCUUCACUGGGACGAAGAAGGAGAGCCAGAAGACACCGUCGAUGGCAUGCUCGGUAGGGCCCUGACCUAUCUGGUCCUCUUCUCCACUCUGGGCAUGUUCCUGCGCUGGAGCGUUGGUGCUUCCCUUCUGAGCACAGUGGAAGACGACGAAGAGGGCAUAGAGGAAGAUCGGCAGAUCGCGUCCGGUACUGUACCUCAGCAAGUACCUACUGGCCGUAUCGUUCACUUUGAUGGAGCAGACGACGCAGAGGCCAAUGCCGCGACCAAUGGCAUACCUUCGAUACAAGUCCAGCACCCUUCAGAGGACGGGACCUCCAGACUCCCACCAGAGCCUCUCACCGAUGGAGGAGAUCCGCCCAUCCCUCGCUCGCCCGCGAGCCAAGCAAGGAGUGGCCCGCCCGCAUGGGCCAGAUCCUUCCCCAACUCACCUUCAGCAUCUCGACCAGGCAGUGUCUACAGGGAUGACGAGGAUGCGGAUAGCGAUGUGCCACCGUUGCGCCUUCCUCCCCCUUCAGGCUGGACGAAGUUCAGGCGUUUCACCUCUGCAAUCUUCUACAAGGUCAUCAUUGUGCCAGCCAAGACAAUCAACUCUUUUAUGACGGCUCCCUUGUGGGCUGCCACCGCCUCACUAGUGGUAGCGAUGAUUCAGCCCCUUCAACGCUUCCUGGGCGCUGUAUCGCCCCUCGUGGGCGCUCUGCAAACUGCAGGAGCUUGCUCUAUCCCUCUUACCAUGGUCGUCCUGGGAGCCUAUUUCAUUGAGGAGAAGAGCGCAGUCGGCGAAAUGAACAAGGCCGACGAGAGAGCGAGGCAAGCUGAAGGCAAUGCGAGGGUAGAACCAACGGCUGAGCCUGAACAGCCUCUUCCAGCACACAGGCCAGUCGAUAAGUCCGCCAGCCCUGCCUAUCCAUGGAUGAAGCAGCCUUGGCAAAGGCGAGGCAGCGGAGGAGGUGCUACCGUCGAGUCUGGCGUUACCACGGAUGACGAGGAUGCGGGUGGUGCCUCGGGUCUACACGCCACACACGAGCGUCACACCUGGCCUAUGUCUCGCCUACGCCGUUCAGCUUCUGAUCGACGCCGACGUGCAGCAGAGAUGACCCCAGUGGAGAAGCUCAAGGCGCACAAGGCUACCAUGGAGCGUCGGACUAUCUUUGUGGCCAUCAUCUCGCGGAUGCUCAUCACUCCCUUGAUACUGAUUCCAGCCAUUGCAUGGUAUGCCAUCGCGACGCACUCUAAUGUCGUAGAUGACCCAGUCUUCAUCACAUCGGCAUGCCUCAUCGUUGGCUCCCCGCCUGCGCUGACCCUGGCGCAGAUCACCAGCCAAAAGGCUACAGGCAACAGCGGUUUCGAGAGGCUGAUCUCGAGGACCAUCUUUGUGUCGUAUGCCAUCUUUGCAGCGCCCACUACCAUCGUGUUGGUGUUGGCUGCGCUGUUGAUUGCUCAAAACGACUGAGGAAAGAGGCGAGGGGAGCCAGAAAGGGAUAGCGGAAGCACUCGGUGAUGAUGGGAAUCCGCGCUGGUAGCGGUGGUGGGUUCCAGCUGGCCGAACUCAUGAGGCAGCUCUGCAAGGGAACGAGUGUCCAUCACAAGCCUACGAGAUGAUCAUGUGGAUACGAUGCUUUUUCAUGUAGAUUUUCUUCAAUUUCAUGUUGCCUACCUCCAAUGUGAACGUUCGAGCCGAUCGACCAUCCACAAGCGCUGGCGCCGGCAUACUUUGCCCAGUGCUCCCAACACUCCUUCCAAAGUACCUUCAAGC